UCUCCCCGGGUCGACGAGCACAAAAAGCAAGCGAAGCCUGUGGCAGUAGGGCAGCCACAAAAAAAAACCAAAUCACAACACACACCAUGGUGAUGGAGGAGGCCAUGGACGGUGAGAUGAGCUUGUCGAACAUGGUGCUGGGCUUCUUCGAGGAGGCCGACAGGGAGCGAUGGCCGGAGAACGACGACGAUGACGAGGGCUCCAGCGGCGGCCACGCCGCCGAGAGCAAGGCCUUCUGGCAGGCCCAGCACUCCCAGCUGCAUGAGGCUCUGGCCAAGACCAGCCCGGCGGAGAGCAGGAUGCGUGGGGACACGGAGGAGGCUAUCAAGAACAUGCGCGCCGCGGCAGCCGCGGCCUGCUCCUGCACGGGACGGGCGGCGGUCGGGGACUGCCGACGCUGCAUGCUUCGGCACGUCGCCGAGCGGCUGCGCGACGCCGGGUACAACAGCGCGCUCUGCAAGUCCAAGUGGACGCGCUCGCCGGACAUCCCUUCAGGUGAGCACAGCUACGUGGACGUGGUGGUGCAGACGAGGAGCGGCAAGGCGGUGCGGGUGGUGGUGGAGCUCAGCUUCCGCGCCGAGUUCGAGGUGGCGCGCGCCAGCGCCGGGUACCGCGCGCUGGUGACCGCGCUCCCUGAAGUGUUCGUCGGUCGCUCGGACCGGCUGCGCGCCGUGGUCAAGGUCAUGUGCGCCGCGGCCAAGCAGUGUAUGAAGGAGAACAACAUGCACAUGGGCCCAUGGAGGAAGCACAAGUACAUGCAGUCCAAGUGGCUCGGCACGCACGAGCGGACGGCCGCUGCCACCGCCGCGGCGACGCCGGUGGUGGCCGCAGUGGUGACGGUCGGCUCGCCAGAGAAGCAAACCAAGUUCAUGGGGUCCAUCCUGAGCCUCGACUUUGCCCGGACAGCGGUCGAGGUCGUGUGAAUUGUGAUGCAUGCAUGACGUGGACGAGAGCGACGGUGAGCUGCAGUGUAGUAGAGUACUAGAGUGAUUCCUCAGAUUUCAGAAAACCGAUGUUAAAUUGGCAGUCAAUCGAGCCAGCUCGUGCCGUGGUAAUAUCGUAUACCGUCACGUACUGUAAGGUAGCUGCAAGUUAUGAAUUGUUACUGAAGAAUGUCCCUUAUUGGAAGGGGAUAAAGGUGAGUUUCACUCGCAGGCUUGCAUUGAUAAGUAUAGCCAUCUGGAGUGCCAAAGAUCUGAAGUCCUGAAGAGGUAAUGUGACAAUUAAGGCGCUCAGAAUAAACAUUCACUUGUAAUAGACAAUCGAAUCAUCGUCGACUAUUACGUGCUUUACAAACUUA